UUUCAAUAAUUAUAAGGCGUUAUCACCCUUACGUUCUAGAUUUCGAUGGAUCCAGGUGUUUCCCAGUUAGCGAUUGAAUGCCAACAUAUAAGUAAUGUGACGAAAGAACUCGAGUUUCUCUCACUAUUGUUCACACACGCUACAUCUUACAAUAGUAUGGAAUUCAAUAAUUUAAAUAGCAAUGUGCCUGAAACAAGCGGCAUGAAAACAUUCUUUAAGAUUUUAAGUCGUAUAUGCAGGGAUUGUGGAGGCAUUUGGACAGUAAACGAAGAUUUGGACUGGUUGGUAUUCUACUUAUUUGCUCGUUGCUAUGGGUGGAGCGACAUUGAUUUAAAUGAUGUGCGAUCCCAGAUGCUGGCACCAUCAACGGGACAUAGGUAUAGAAACGUGUCAAAAGAUGAAGAGCUGAGAAUGAAAGAUAAAGUCAUCCAAAUCACCACGGAGCUAAUUUAUUUGAUAAGAAGUCUUCCCCUUUCUCUGGCUGGUUUAAAAAUGCUCAUCAGUUCUAUGAAUUUAGCUCGUGGAAUGCAUCAUACUCGAAAGCAAAUAGCGUUACAUGCUAUCGAUUGGCUGACGUUUGGAUUACAAACGGAUGGUGGAGGUGUGAAGGCAACUACAAGUCCUAGAUUCACUCAGAAAAUUUCUACAACACAGCCAUUUCUACCAGAAGAUUCAACUCCAGAAAGCAUGUUUAUGACGGUAAAAGAUCUUAUUUGGAAUUGUUGUACCGAUAAUAAUCGUAGUAUCCGAAUGGGGACUUUGGGACCAUUAUAUAUCCUGUUUGGACAACUUUCGACAAAUACUAUUAUACGAUUGAUCAAGCUAUCAGUUGAGAUAUUGGAGAAACCAGAAGUCUGUGCUAGUGAAGUAACUGAAGGUGUCAUAGAUAUACUUAAUGUUUUGCUGAGAAGGUUGGUGCCCAGUGAGCAACUAUGUAAUUCAAGGACAUCGUUAUCUGGAAACACACUAAUGUCAAAAACGAAUCUUUCUGCCUAUAAAUUUUCAGCGGAGUACGUUCAGAAUCAGUUGUUUCCAAGACUGAGUAAGAUGAUUGCCAACUUGUUUCAGAGUAAUCACUUCAAUGUACGCAAAGCUGCAGUCAGAGUUUAUCUAACCUGCCUCAGUCGAUGUCCGAAUGAAACAUUUAAAGAAGUUCUUCUUCAAACUGUAAAUGAUUUAUGCAUGAACGCGGAUAAGCAAUCUGAAAGCUACCAAGAUAAAUCACCCUCGAAUUUCGAAAGCUGGAAAAGUAACCCAUAUUUCAAUGAAAGUCUCCUAACUCUUUGUCGAUCUUUAAUUAAGAAAGCUGGUGAAACCAAUCUGCCUUCGAAUACUGGGGACUUACAGAACUGUUUAGUUAAUUUUUAUUUGGGUCAUUCAUCUCAAUAUGUCCGCAAUAGUGCAUGCAGUCUGUACCUGACAUUGUUCAUCAGUGCCUCAAAAAAUCCCAAUCGUAUCCGUUACCUAUUGAAUAAAAUAUUGGAGAAGUGGCAAGUUAAGCAAGAUGUUGUGUUAUCACCUCUUUCAAAACUACUAAUUCAAAUAAACGAAACGGAAACUACUACACCGCGUGAAAUGCCUUUGACUGUAAGUUCCAAAUUAAGUUGGACAUGGCGUGAGGGGCGCAUGCGCAUGUACUAUUUAGUCGCACGCUCAUUAGUUGGGCUUCAUCUUAAAGCUCUUCACGAAUUAGACGCUGAUGGUUAUAGCACAAUGAAUUCUGAAGACUUUUGUAUCAGCCCGACCUUUACAGAUGAUUGUUCUCAAAGAACCUUAUAUACAUCGUCAAAUAAUAAUUUACACCAAUUUGGCUUCGGUCCUUUACCAAAAUCAAUUCCUCCCGCUCUUGUUUCAAAUCCAGAUCGUCAAGCUCCAGUUAAUAAAUCAUCAACAUUGUCACAACCUGUAGAAACUUCACCAACGCUCUUUCAACAGGGGGCAAAAUUAAGCUCUCCACAAACGUCCAUUUAUUUAACAGUUUUGGAAAAUAUCCGAAUGCUCGACAACGAAAGAAAUGGUAAACAGACGGAUAGCAAAACUCAGUCGUGGAUUAAACGUCUAAGUAUAGUGUCAGGAUUAACUUCAACGAGUAAAACAAAUGUCGGUCAUUCAGAGUUAAAUUCUAUCAGCAUGAAAUCUAUGUUAUUCAAUAUAUUACGAUUAGCUGUAGAGUGUACAUUAGAUGAGAACAAUGGUUUACGUCAUUCAGCCCAAAAAGCCAUUAAUGAUGUCGGAAGGCUAAUACGAUGGUAUGAUGCUGAUCUUUUGUUGGAAAUGAUUUCGUUGCAUAUGAUAGGUCCGCCAACUAUGAUGUCGUAUGCAACUUUAAAGAUUUUACGUGAUGGUCUGUCUGAAUUAUGCAUGUAUGAUGAAAUUUUACAAAAAGAAGAGGAAGAACCUGGUUUCACUGAGAAAUAUGCGAUUUCUGGAACUGUUCCGAUUUUAAAUGUAGCAUUGCUUUAUGGUUUGUUUUCACCGGACAGAUCAAGACUGUGGCUUCAAUGUUGUCAGCAAUAUAUUCUGGAUAGCACAAUGGCUCUUUUUAUCAGUACUUUAUCAAUAGAAUGUGCUUUGAGAACCCUUUGUCUUGUACACAGAUUGUCUAAUUUAUCACUCGUAGCAUGCACCUGGGAAAAUAUGAGGCCUAAUCCUUUUUCAAAUCUGCCAUACGCACAACGUAAACUAGAUCUAGAUGCGAAAGAUGUAGUAGAAUGUAUUAAAGGCGUUGUCGAAUUUGCUCAACGCAUAGACGUGAAACUUGGACCUACAAAUGAGCCAAUACUGAAUGUUGUCAAUUUUCACAAAAUGAUGAUAACGCAGAAGCCAUAUUUAUCAUGUUUACAGCUCCCUCAAUCAACUGCAAAGUGUUCACUUACAUAUUUCGUCCUCAAGCUGGUUACCAAAUUAGAGUCUGUUAUAUAUUCUUAUAUACCACCAUCUGUAAAUUCGAGUCGGCCUAAUCCAGACGUUCGUAUGACUGGUGGUCUUCUUUUAUCUCCAAUUUUGCCAUACCUUAUCACGUGGCCAUUAGCUCUUCUUCCUCCUAGCUUGGAUAAAACUUUAGGGAAUCCAUCAAAGGAGGCGAGGAUACUUGCUGUUCGUAAACUACUACGCAUAAUUGCAGCUAUAAUACUUGCAUUGCCGAUCACAAAUAAAACUGAAUUUUCAAAAAGUGAAUCAAGUACAAUAAAAGGUAAUGCAUUGCUAAAAGAGCUUGCAUCAAUUGCUGAACAUUCUGUUGAAUUAGAAACUGUUGUCAGUGCUUGUUUUGCUCAGCUGGAAAAUCUUGUUUCUCAAUUAAAUCAGUAUUACGAACCUACCCGAAUAUGUACUACUACCUCAUGGUGGUGGAUCCGCGCACUAUGUGAACAUCUACCUCGAUUUAUGCAAGUCGCUCCAUUUUCCAAUCCUGUAAACAUAUUACGUCUUCUAAUCCAAGAUGUUAAAAAAAAAUCUAUAUUAUCAACAAAUACCAAACAAAAUACUGGUCACCAGACAGCGGAACCAACAAAGUGGUCGAGAGCACUUGAAUACGGUCUUCAGGAAGCCAAAUCUAAAAUACGAGUAAAAGAAGGUAGUGGAGCGUUAAAGUACCAAUGGCCUAAGGUCGGUGAGAUUUUACAAGCUAAAGAAACUAUAGAAAAACAGUAUAUACUGGAAAGCAAAAGUGGAAAAAAAUCACCGACAAGAUCACUCUCCUCUCACAUCAUAGAUACUGCUCCUUCCCCAAUAGAUGAAGAACAACAUCGUUUCUUUGUAACGAGCGAUAACGAAGAAGAAGAGGUUUGCAUUCUACAGGAAGAAGUAGAUACUUCCUCUCCUUCUGAUAAUGAUGAUGAAGAUGAAGAAGAGCAAGAACAAGAAAUUAAAGAUAAUUUACUACAUAAACAAGAGAAAGUCAGCAGCCUGUAAGUAUUCUUCAACUGCAUUCGUUAUAUCCGUGUAUCUCAUAUCUUUAUUAGAAUUCGACGAUAAUUUUGGUAGAUAUAUUUCCAGUUUAGUGUAGACAUUGUUCUAAAUUAUAAUUCUGUUUAUAAAAAUCAAUAAUCUAUUUUGUUUCACAAACGUAACAGUGCGUUAAUGCAUGUGGGUUGUGGUUAACAGUGGAAUCAGGCCUCGCGUUCCAUUUUAUUUCAGCAGAGUCGUCUGUCUGUACCUGCAUCCAAGUAUUGAUGCCCACAUUUAGAGUCAAGUUUAAAAUCUAUCGCUUCGAAAGUGAAAGCCUUGUUCAUUAAAUUACUAACCCCAUACAACCACUAACUUAUUCAACAGAUAUGAGAUUACCUAUACAACUGUUUGUUCCGUUGUUGACGCUGUCGAUUCCCAAUCGCGAAUUGUUUCAUUGUUUUGUGAGGUUAUUUUCUAUGGGAAAUACCUUAAUAAUAAAAGGUUGAAAAAGUAGAGGAUUAAGAACAUUUGUGCACCUUCACACAAACCUUGACUUUGAUCACCUAAAUUAUUAAAUUUGCUACUUUUGGAAACGUAAUAAUACCAUGAAAAAUAAAUGUACUUCACUUGGGUAGCACGUGAAAGGCAUAACUUAAUGUAAUGACAUUAUAUUUUUCCGAAUCCAUUAGUAAAAUUACUAUCUCUUCUUCUGUUUUCCUACAGAACGGUUACCCGUAACAAGUGAGCAGAGUAUAACACGGAAAACGUUUACAUUUGUAACUGGCCACUAAAAACUUUGUGGGUCUUUUAUUAGAUAAUGUUAUCCAGCUGUUACUUCAAGCAAUUAAGCGUUAAUAAUCCCAAUUGUUUACACUAUUAGAGAUGAUUUAUGCAAAAACACUUGUCAUAUUCUACGUAUCAGAUAUAUCUGUGUAAAUUGUCUUCUGGAUUGGUACUCCGCUCUUUGUCAUUUUGUUAUAGAGGGUUGAUUAGUAAGGUAUUAUCGCACUUUAAUGCAGAAACUUAUUGAUUAUUAUACAAUACAGAAGUAUUUGACCGAAUGAUCUACUUCAGGAUGAUCCGGUGUUUAAUCUAUCUUUGAUUAGACUCAAUAUUCUCCGGAAAGUUUAAAUUUUAUAUACAGAGUAGAAUAAGUUAACGUGUACCAACGUUAUUCAUUAAGCGAUUUAAUGCUAGGCAACUCAUAAAUUCGUUAUGGUUUACUCUUGAAACUGCACCAAACUGGUUUUUAUAUCUCAAGGUGCUAGUCGACAACUAUUCACUCAUAUAAUCUUCACUAAUAACCAUCGAGUUGAUUUUUCUUUAGAAUAAAUCAGUAUUUUGUAGUUUCGUUUAUACCUAUUCCUGGUAAUUAUUACUCUGAAAUUACCUAGUAAGUAAUUCUUACAAAAAACACUUUUUAUAUCAUGGUUUAAUCCACUUAUGAACCCCGUUCGUAAGUAAAUCGCAAUCGCAUUUACCUUAUUAUGUAAUCUUUACCAGUUAAUAUAAAAUUUUAUUACUUCUGUGUAUAUUUAACAUAACAAGAAAACCAGUAGAACUAAAUACUGUCGGUCUGUCAAAAGUUUGCGUUAAGUUUUGGUAUGAGGACAACUAACCAGUCAAUUGUUUUUAUUUAUUUCUAGAUUUUAUAUUCCUAUAAAAGCUGAACCGAUAGAAACACCACCAGCUAUAGAAGAUGUACAUGAGUUGAUUGAACGUGUGCUCCAGUACUGUCGACCAGAUAUUGUAACAGCUGUACGUCAGAUUUUGUCAGAUUUUGGUUCACCAAACAAUUCAUCACUAGAAAAGUCAAUACGGAUUCAAGAAAGUGUUUUAGGACAUACUAAAGCUCCUGUUAUACAAUGAACAACGUUUUGUGUUUCACCACCGUACAUACUGAAUAAAGAUCUUGUCACUUGCAUCUAUAACAAAGGCAAAAUUAAUUCAGUUUAAAAUGAAAUAAGUGUAUACGAACUGUUUCGUAUUCUUACAUUUGAACCAUUACGCAUAUAAUAUUUAGUUAUAGCUCCUCGAUUGUCUGAUUUUAACGAUUCUGUAUUUCCUUGGGAUAAUUACAGCUGUGAUAGACUGUUACUUAAUGUGCUUUUACAGUCAAGUUUUCUGUUAUUGUUGUUUUGUUUUCUUUCUCUUUAGUUAUUCCUUAAAUAUUUACUUCUUUAGCUUACUUAGUAAUUUCUUUAUCGACUACUAGAAAUGAACUAAUAUAUGUACUAAAUAAUUUGUUUGUUAUUAGAAUCCUAUCUUUUAUGACGAUUGGUGAUUACGAUGCUAACAGUUUAUUAACAAUAGUGAUUACUUUUGUUGCAAAAAUUUGGUAUCAUCCGAAUGUCAAAGUUCUAUUUAAUUUCGUUUUACUAGUUUCUUACAAAUCCCCUGUGAUUCCGAUUGUUAAGCGUAAUUUCCAAUGGUUUACCUUCGAUACUGUAUCAAUUAACUUGGAUAGCAUCUAUUUAAGGAUUUUAGUCUAGAGUAGUUGGUCUACUAUUUUUAAGUAACGUGCUCUCCUAAAGUUUUCUCAAGUUAUAGUGAAUAAAUCGUACAAUUUUUGUUCUGUGUUUUGUGUGGGAAGACGUCUGCAAGCGAAUAAUUCGGCUUACACUAGCUAAAAUGUCUUGAAUACUUGAGUGUUCUGCACCAUUUACUAUUCGGACGUAGUGAGUUUUACGGUGACAUAUUUAUAGUCUGGCAACUAGACAAUAAUAAUUAUACAUACAGAUAUACUAAAAAUAUUCGGUGAUAGGACCGUAUUCAGUUUAACACUAUAAAGCAUUGUGAUUUAUUGGUGAAAUUUGCGUAUGCACUGCAGUCACAUGCUUUCAAAAAGUAACGCAAAUAAAAAUAUUUAUAUCUAACUCAAAAUAAAUGAAGUUUCAUGUCAUCAAGGUUUUUUAUGAAUUAUUUGUUGUGUAAAUUUAACGAUCACACGAUCUGGAACUUAAAAAAACACCUCAAAUAAAUCAAAAUAUUAGGCUGGUUUUGCACUAAAAAUGACGCCUGCAUUUCAUUGCUGUAAGUAAUUAACCGACAGAAAGUACCGAUCAAGCUGCACAAAUUUCCAUUACUUUCAGCCAUUGAACAGUAUAAGUAUACAAAGUCGAUUUUCUAAAUUAAUACAUGAAAAUGACAUAUGAAUAAAUCAAACACCCACUAAAUCUCACAAGUAAAAUUGUUUUGGAUUAAUUAAAAAGACAAUCUUUGAUUAAACUUCAGGCCGAAAAAAAUGGACACUUAUGCAGUCAGGUGGAUAGACCAAACAGUGUACAAUUUUGCAGCCACGUGUAGAUUCAUUUUUGGAACAUUAACCCGAGUUACAUACGGUCUCUAGUAAAGACAUGACGGAAGCGGAAUUACUGAACAGUUCAGGAACACUAGAAAUUCAAUAGCUGCUCAAAGAUGUUGAUAUAAGAUGAUCCAAAUGGUUACGACAAGAACAUGAAUAUGACUAAACUCGGAGAAGGAGGAUUUUGUUUUUAUCACUGAAUAGUUUACCACGUAAGUUGAUUGAGGUCUUGAAUUAAAGAUCACAAUAUCUGCAUGAUGUGUGGGCGAGAAUGAUAGUGAUUGGUUGUCUGCUUAGUCAGACAUGCAGAUAGUCUGACAGAUGUUAGAUGAGUUAUAUAAUUCCCCUAUCCUUAUUCUUACUGAUUUUUGAUUGUUCAUUGUUGUUGGAUUGUGUCAGGUUUUGAUGUGGUAAUAUAUUUACGUUCUAGUUAGGCUAAUCACGUGUUCUUGAUCAGAGUUGUGUUGAAGUACUGUAGAAUAGGCACUGGGAGGGAAUGUAGUGUAGAUAUUCGUCUAAGGUAAAUUAACGUCCCAUAGAUGAAGUAAAACCGAGAGUUAUAACACUACAUCAACCGAAUUCUUAUAAAAAAUACCGACUGCUGCAUAGGAAACAUUUGUCAUGUCGACGCUGAACUGAUAAACCAGCUUAUACGCCUUUAAUAAAGGACGUAUUUUCAUAAAACAGAAAAAUAUUAGUCCCUGUAUUCUCUCAACGCCAUUGCUGAAAUAAAUAUCUCAAAGUAAUAGAAAGUAAUGGUCCUUAAAUUAAACUUAAUAUAUACUAAAUAUCAAAAUCCGGUCAAACGUCGAAAAUACGAACUGACAAUUGUCCCUACAUGUAAAUAUCUUUUUAAUCCGAAUAGAUAUUCCAUAUAGUUGCACAUCUUUUCUAUAGUUCACAUUUAUUGAUUUGUUGGUUUCUCACCUUGCUACAUAAUCAAUCACUUAAAAAAGAAUUCAGGACUGUGAACUUUGAUUAACUAACUAUCUCCUAAAUACCUGGCAUUCUUGUUGGAUCGAACUCUGUAUUUAAUUCACUCUGUUCUUAGAUAAUGGGAGGUAAAUGACUUUCGUUGACAUUCAUACAUUUUUAAUAACCUUACCGAUUAAUACUGUUUACGUUAGUCAUUGUAAUACUUACUAAAGGAGUCUCAUCGAAUGACAAUGAUCUUAUAAAAUGAAUUCAGAAAUUAAAAAGUUGAAGAAAGGUAGUGAAUUCAAUGCCAAUUAUGUGCUUGAAAUUCAUAGAUAAAAGGCUAUGAGAGAAGUUGUAAAGUCUUUUAACUAAAUUAUUUCAAUUAGUGGGGUUAUUUGGUGUAUAGACAAACAAUAUAUGUUUGUGAGUUGUAAUUGUAUUAACAAUCAUUUGAAUUCAAUGAAAAAUAGAUGUUAAUUCAGGAUAUACAUAAUAAUAUCAUUUGGAAUGGUUUCUCAAACGAUGUCAGUGCGUGAUGAAACUACACAAAAUCUCUGCAAAUAAUAAUCCUAUAUUCAUCAGUGAAUAGUUUGGAGAUGAAUAUUCGUAAUGGUAAAACCCGCUGAUUUGUUUAGUAAACUAAGUUAAGAAUAUGCCAGAUAUCCACAGUAAAGUUGAAUUAUAGUUGCUCUGCAUUACCAGUAAACCGGAAUUUAAACAGCCGAGCCAUUUGAAUCUUUCUAACUUACUGUACAGAACCGUGCUCACCACUUUUAUCAUAAAGCAAUAUCGAAGCCUUAUACCAAUAUUGAGAAAUCGAUUCCAGGCAUUAACAUCAUCUAUGGGAAAAUAAAAGCCCUUAAAAAUAUUCUAAUCACUGUUCUUUUACCACUAAAAUUAGUUUAUGCAUCAAAAAAUGCGAAAUUAUGUAAUAUAGAAGAACUAGAAUAUUGGAUAAACGAGUAUCCGACAUUAGAAAAUUUAAGGAAGAGAAUUUCCAUAAGUCCUAGAAAUCAAAUUUCACCCAGUUAGUCCUUCCUUUUAAUAUUGAUGAUAUUUACAAACGCUUUCAUACACAGUGCAUUGGGUAGUAUAUUGAAUGAUUGACAUACGCAUCGGUCCAAUUUGACACACCUCAUUAGCACAACAAGAUAAACACUAAAUUCAUAGAAGUAGUCAAUUCAAUGGUAGUAAUAUACAAAAAAGAUUGCAUGUAAAGAUACAGAGACGAAGAAUUAGUUUGUAGAAGGAAAGAUAUAAAACAAUUUUAUUCUUACGGUUUAAGGGCGGACAAAAAAUGUAUAUACCUCCAUUGUGAUCGAUUCUGAAACAUGUCACCAAGAGUCUCCAACCAUUGGUUACGUUAGUCACGCGGACCCCAACCAAGUAGUCUGCAUCUACCAACAUGGCUCAGACUAGAAGUUAGUGACUUCAAGCACUUAUGCUACGUUUUGGUUUGGCCGCCCCUAACUUUCUUCCAACCAUCCCCUACACCGGUUGGCAUUGCACGUCGGUGUUCAGGCAUACGUAACACGUGGCCCAACCAUCUCAGUCGAUGAGGAUUCACAACCUCAUCAACUGAUUUACCAUCAUUCGCCAAUACCCUACGUCUAACCUCACUAUUACUUACCCGGUGAGCCCAGCUGAUGCCAGCAAUAUUUAUAAGAUAUUUGUGGUUAAAUACUAGUAGCUUAUAAGUAUCUUCCGCUCUUAAUGGUCAUGUUUUGCAGCCGUAUAUUAGAACAGAACGAACUUCCGCACAGUAUACUCGUCCCUUAAUUGAUAGACGUAACUUGGCAAAAGCUAAACCAACAUUUUGUAUUCGUGCGGAAAUUUAUUCAGACACCAACCCAUUAGGGCUGAUCAGACUUCUAAGAUAAGUACAGUUGUCGAUGCGCUCGACUCUGAAUUUUAUCAGUGUAUUCACCAAACAUGACCAUGUCAUUCGCGUAUUCUAAGUCGAUAAAUGGAACCUAAUAGAAGGUCAAUUCUUGAUAAUUCAGACGACGAGAACGCUAUUUCCAGCAUUAAAUCUAUGAUGAAAUAGAACAAACAUUGAGAAAGUGGACAGCCUUGUCGGACACCACAUGAGAUUGCAAAAUCAGAUGACAGUUCGCCAUUAGCUCAAGAUCACCGUAUUCAUGAAAAUCGUGAAAGUAAAAACCGUCAACCACCAAUUAGAAAUGUUCAUCCUAGUGACUGGUUAAUUUACAUAGAAUUGGUUAUUAAAAAUAUAUAAUACCUUGUUAUUUUCUAACUAAUCCUUAUGAUGAAAUCAUUGUAAACUUUCUCAUCAAAAUACAUUAAUCGUGAGAAGAAGAUGAGAGAAACGUUUU